AUACAGUAGGUCCUUAUUAGUUACCUAUUUUAUGUAAGUGGUUUGUAUAUGUCAAUCCCAAUCUCCCAACUUAUCUCUCCCUCCAACAUCCCCUCGUAACCAUAAUUGAGGUUUUAAAUGAAGUUUCAAAUGCUGGGGAGAAUCUUUAGUUGUGAUUUUUAAAUAACAAUUAUUAUGUUGAAAUAAUAUUCUGUGAACAGAACUACAGCAGUGAGAACAAGAGAUACCAUGGGAGACUCAUUAAAACUGUAAUUAUGAAUGAAUGCUUGAUAAUGGUUUUCGGGAGUGUGUUGGCAUUCCUCUGUGAGGGUGUGCCUGUGUGUGGCCAAGGCGUAAGACAAUCAAGACACUAGUUAAUAUAAAAAAGGGUGGUCACCAUCCAACCAAUUUAUCCUCACUGCUUGCCAGAUACCCCAGUUGAUUCUAGCAUGGAGAUUCUAGAACCUACAGGUAAUCUGUAUUUAAAUAAAAUUGUCCCUUACAUUUGUAUGACAUUUUAUUAUAGUUUGCCACAUUCUUUCACAUUAUAUCAUAUAACUGUCAGAAUACCCAGAAAGCCAGCCCUGACCACAUUGUACAGAUACUCUGAGUAUCUGAGUACCAGGAAGGUGAACUGACUUGCUGGUAACUGGUAGAAGCAGGAAUAAAACCCAGACCUACUGUCUACAAGUCCAUGAGCUUUUUAAACUAGACUUCAUUAAGAAAUCUCAGAUUUACUUAGUUUUUUCUGCUGGGUAUGUGAUCUGGGUUUCAUUUGGUCUGCUGCUGCCCACUUGCUUCAGUUGUGUCUGACUCUUUGUGACCCCAGGGACUGUAGCCCACCAGGCUCCUCUGUCCAUGGAAUUUUCCAGGCAAGAAUACUGGAGUGGGUUGUCAUUUCCUUCUCCAGGAAUCUUCCCGACCCAGGCAUCAAACUCUCAUCUCCUGUGUCUCCUGCCUUUGUAGGUGAAUUCUUUACCAUUGAGCCACUGAGGAGCCCUUCAUUUGGUCACCUGUAGGGAAUCUAUUUUCAGUUUGUUUGUUUUUUUCAUUUGCAAAGUAUAGCCAUAGAUUUUUUUUUUCUGAAGUAUUUGGUAUUGACUUCGAAGACAGAGUCUUGAGCAAAAUGUGAAAUUAAACCAUGGUUAAUGAGAUCUUCAAUAAAAUUUUCUGUUUAAAGCAUCAUUAUAAAUUAUAAUAUUUUAAUGCCAAGAAUAAGUUAUUAGAUUUUUCAAAUGAAGCUCCAUGAAUUCUUUAGAAAAUCUUGUUUAAUGUGAACACUUAUUGGAGGGCAGGACUCAUGUUCUGCCUUCUUUUGAAUCUGAGAACUUGGCUUCUUGCUUCAGCCCUUCAAAUUCAUGCAACAGACUGUUUCAUUUUUUAUAUGAAAUGAGAAGACCCUUGGGUCAAAAAGUUAUCUUAGACUCUGAUGUAGUUCUCUUGAAUACAUGCCAGAAACUAAUCCAUACUAUUAAGGAAAAAACAAAACCCCACAGAUGGCUAGAUGGAAAUUGGAAUCAAUAAGACUAUGUCACAGACAUCAUAAUAAUAUCAUUUUCUUAUGUGUUUGUUUCCCAGCCAACUCCAGAAAUCUUUGAUGUAGAUAAUGGACUUGACCGGGAUAUAUUUGAUAUCAAUGAAGAUCUGGGACUGGAUCUUUUUGAGGGAGACAUCAUACUUGAUGAGAGAUGAAUGCCAGGGGGGUUAUCCUCAAGGCAUUUGAACGCUAUCGCCUAAAAUCAUGCAUUGACUUCAAGCCUUGGUCUGGAGAACCCAACUAUAUAUCAGUGUUCAAAGGCAGUGGCUGCUGGUCUUCGGUGGGGAAGCAACUUACUGGGAUGCAAAAACUGUCCAUCGGAGAGGGCUGUGACAAAAUAGCAACGGUUCAACAUGAGUUUCUCCAUGCCCUUGGGUUCUGGCAUGAACAGUCACGGUCCGAUCGGAAUGACUAUGUCAGCAUAAUUUGGAACAGAAUUAUUUCAGGCAAAGAGAGAAAUUUUGAGUUCUAUGAUGAUCAAGUAAUAGACUCCAUGAACGUUCCCUAUGAUUACAGCUCAGUGAUGCACUACAGUAAAACUGCAUUCGGAAAUGGAUCAGAACCUACAAUUGUAACAAGGGUCCCGGACUUCAUGGAUGUGAUUGGCCAGCGAAUGGAUUUCAGUGACUCUGAUGUCUUAAAGUUGAAUCAACUGUAUAACUGCUCCUCCUCCUUGAGCUUUAUGGAGUCGUGUGAUUUUGAGCUGGGAAAUGUGUGUGGGAUGAUUCAGAAUUCAACAGACAGUGCUGACUGGCAGCGACUCUCCCGGGUCUCUGAGGGGCCAGAGAGCGAUCACUCCAACAUGGGCCGGUGCAGAGGUUCUGGCUUCUUCAUGCAUUUCAACAGUAGCUCUGUAAACGAGGGGGCCACAGCAAUACUGGAAAGUAGAAUAUUUUACCCUAAACGAGGAUUUCAGUGCAUGCAAUUUUUUUUGUACAACAGUGGAAGUGAAGAUGACCAGCUGAACAUCUAUAUCAGGGAGUAUUCUGUGGCUCAUCUGAGCAGGACUCUAACCCUUGUGGAACAAAUAAAAGAUAUACCCUCUGGGAGCUGGCAACUUUACCACGUAACACUGAAUGCGACCAAUAAAUUUCGAGUGGUGUUUGAAGGGGUCAGAGGCGCUGGUGCCUCAUUGGGUGGCCUGUCUAUUGAUGACAUCAAUCUCUCAGAAACACGGUGCCCUCAUCACGUCUGGCAUAUAAGGAAUUUCACACAGCUCCUUGGCAGCCCCAAUGGGUCUUUCUUCAGCCCUCCAUUUUAUUCUUCUAAGGGAUAUGCCUUUCAGAUUUACUUGGAUCUAUAUAGUUUGCCUAAAAUAGGAAUGUAUUUCCACCUGAUCUCUGGAGCCAAUGAUGAUCAGUUAGAGUGGCCGUGUCCUUGGCAACAAGUCACCAUAACAAUCUUGGAUCAAACUCCUGACAUUCGACAGCGUAUGUCCAAACAGCAGAGUCUAACGACAGACCCAUUUCUGACCAUUGAUAAUGGAACCUAUUUUUGGGACAGGCCUUCCAAAGUGGGAGCACAAGUUAUUUUCCCUAAUGGAACUCAGUUUCAAAGAGGUAGGGGCCGUGGAUUCCAUAACUUUAUGAGCCAAGAAAUGCUGAAAAGCAGAGAUUUUAUCAAAGGAGAUGAUGUUUAUAUCCUACUGACAGUGGAAGACAUAUCCCACCUUAAUACACAAAAUGACCCACUUCCAACCUUGGACGUCAGUGACCUCUGCACCAAUUUCAGGUGUGAGAAUGAUGGGAUCUGCAUUCUCCAGAAUGGCAAAGCUGAGUGCAGGUGUCGGUCGGGGGAUGACUGGUGGUACAUGGGAGAAAGGUGUGAAAAGAGAGGGUCAACACGAGACACCAUUGUCAUCGCCACAUCUUCCACUGCCGCUGUGUUUGCCCUGAUGCUGAUCAUCACUCUCGUCAGCGUCUACUGUACCAGGAAGAAGUAUCGGAAAGAGCCAAGUUCAAGGACAGUCAACACUAUUAUGGAAAAUCAAUAUGCACUUUGAAGAUUAACUCUGCAAUACAGCCAGCAAAUGAAAUGAAAGAUUCUUCAUCAUGGAUUCACCCACAAUAUAUUACAACCACUUCCUCCUUCUGUAAAUGGAUCUUCUCUGUAAAUAGCUGGGUACACUAUAAAUCAUUAUUUUGGUAAAAGUCUAA